AUGCUUAUGAAGAUGGGCUUUGGCGAUAGAUGGAUGUGGUGGCUGGAAGCAAGUGUUUUUACUAGUUCCAUGUCUACUUUGGUUAAUGGGAGGCCAACAGAAGAGUUCAAAGUUAGUAAAGGUUUACGCCAGGGCAAUCCACUAUCUCCCUUCUUGUUUACUAUUGCGGCUGGAGGUUUAUCAAGUAUUCUGGGGCAGGCAGUUAGUAGAGGCUUAUCUGUUGGGGGCAAUCACAUGAACCUGAUUUUUUGGAAGCCAAUUACUAACUCGUUGAAAUCCAAACUUUCGUCAUGGAAGGAAAUAUUUUUGUCAAUUGGAGGAAGAGUUACCUUAUUAAAUACAGUUUUGUCAAAUCUACCUAUUUAUCAACUCUCCUUUUAUAAAAUCUCUGUCAAGACUGUCCAGGAAAUCACGGCCAUCCAAAGGAAAUUUAUGUGGCAGGGAGUGGCGGACAAAGAAGGGGUGGUGUGGAUAAGUUGGGAUACAAUAUGCAAAUCUAGAGAUGAUGGUAGUUUGGGAGUAAAAGACGUCGUCAAAUUUAACUUAGCUCUUCUCUCAAAGUGGAUAUGGAGAUUUUUGAGAGAAAAAGGAACCAUUUGGGAAGGCUUAAUGCAGGAAAGAGAUGAAGAUCUAAAUAAGAGACUAUGGCUACACGAUGAAGUUGGUUACAAACCCAAAGAUUCUAAUUGGUGGAGAGAUAUUAUGUUGCUAUGUGAUAACCCUUUAGGAAUCUUGAAGAAAAUUUCAGUAAAGUUGGGGGAUGGUAGAAAGGUGCCUUUCUGGAAGUCUAGUUGGUUGGGGAAUGGAUUUUUAGCAGAACAAUUUUCAGCUUUGUAUCAUGAAAUCUCAAAUAAACUUGAUAUUGUUAGUAGUAUGGGCAAUUGGAACAACGACAUGUGGUCUUGGAACAUUAUUCAAAGGGAGAAGUGUUGGGUUUGGAGGCGUCGAGAGAGUGUCGUGAGUUCGAAGAGGUAUUGUUUGGAGCAAGGCGAGGCUGAUAUCGAGGAUAGGCAAAAACGUGCUCUCAAAAUUAUUCGGGGAUCUCGACGUCCGUCUAAAAUUAAGAUUUUCGGGUGGAGACUCGUUUCAGAUAGACUUCCUACGAGGAAACAACUCUUACAAAGAGGGAUUAUAACACAGUCACAAGAUGCAACAUGCAUUUUCUGCAAUCAGAUCGACGAGGAUAUUGUUCACCUUAUGUUGCAUUGUUCCAAAUUGAAGUUGUUGUGGCAGAAGAUCCAAGGGUUGGAUAUACAAAUUCCAAAUGUGGAUAAUUGUAGCAGUCACUUGAUAAAAAGUGUGGAAGAAUUGGGGCGUAAGAUGUCAAAUAAUAGAUCUAGAGUCGUGUGGUUGAUAGCCUGUUGGUGUAUUUGA